CGACAAAAGCGCUGUCGUAGUGCCUUGCCAUUGUUUGGGCGUGGUUCGUUGCUCCCAGUUCGGGUCAUAAGCGACAGCGCAAUUUUCAGCCACCAUGUCUUCGCGCCGUGCCGCCACCCGCCGCGGGGUCACCAAGAAGCGCGCCCAGCGCGCCACCUCCAAUGUGUUCGCCAUGUUCGGCCAGGCCCAGAUCCAGGAGUUCAAGGAGGCUUUCAACAUGAUUGAUCAGAACAGAGAUGGCUUCGUUGAUAAGGAAGACCUUCAUGAUAUGUUGGCUUCACUGGGCAAGGACCCGACCGACGACUACCUGGAGGGCAUGAUGGGAGAGGCGCCCGGCCCCAUCAACUUCACCAUGUUCCUCACCCUAUUCGGAGAGCGGCUGCAGGGCACCGACCCCGAGGAAGUCAUCAAGAACGCCUUCGGCUGCUUCGACGAGGACAACGCCGGCGUCAUCUCGGAGGACCGGCUGCGCGAGCUGCUAACCAGCAUGGGUGACCGCUUCACCGACGACGACGUGGACGAGAUGUACAAGGAGGCGCCGAUCAAGGGCGGCAUGUUCGACUACGUCGAGUUCACGCGCAUCCUGAAGCACGGCGCCAAGGACAAGGACGAGCAGUAGCGGCUCCAGCCCUUCCAGCGGCCCGGCCUCUUGCGCGCCUUGAUCCCGGCCGGAAGACAUUCUACUUCACAUUCGCAGCAGGUCUAGGAGAGUGCGCCUCAGACUGACGGCCGCUUUCGUAUUUUUACAUUUUUUUUUACCAUUUCGUUUCGGUGAGAGCUGCGCGGUUUCCUGCUGAAGGAUCCGAAAUGCCGGUAACAGUGCAUGUCGGUUAUUGUCGUCAUGCAGGUUUCGUGGUGUUGUAGCUGAAAUUCAUAAAAGUGAUGAGUGCCGCCGUUCGCUGUCACUACGCCGUACCGAAUUGUGCGCAGCAAGAAGUAAAGGAUUUUAGCAGACAGUGGCAGUGACGUUGACCAGUCGUGUCUCGUGUGAAAUGGGUGCCGAGAACCCAGAGUGAGUGGCCAGGUCAUGAUAAGUAACUUGAUGAUGAAUGUGCUUUUUAACUUUGUAAUAACUUGUUGCAAGGCUUAAACAUGAAAUAUUUAUGAUGUAGCUGUGAAGGAAAUCGAAAUAUAACACGUCCGUUGUUCACACAACAACCUUCCAUU